CACAAACAAACCAAUUAAAUUAUUAAACUAUUCCACUUCUGUCUGAAAUUAUGCUGUGGAGAAUAAAAACAAUGAAACUUCAUUUUGAAGCAAAGAGUCCCACGUUGUUGUUGUAGUAUCAGUUUCCACCAACAAAAAGAAGACAAAAAAAAGACCAAAUGAAGAUUCAACUUGCAGUUAUAACUAUGACACAUUGACACUAUCACCUCCCAUCUCAUAAUUCAGCUGCUAAAUUACCUUCUUACUAUGUCAACAUCAAACAUUCCCAAAAAAAAUGUCACACACACUCACACUUUAUGAUAGAAACUUUCAAGCUGCAAUGAGUUAUAAUGAAGACAAGAUUCUGUUGUAAUAUUUUUCUAACUUUCUUUUCUUGUCCUUUCUCCACUUUCACUGUACCUUUGCUUCUACUCUCUAUCUCUUUUUCUAUGGAGUUUUUUUUUUGUUUCCUUGCUGUUUUGUGAAGCCUAAGGUUCCUUCUUGUUGCAAAGUUUUAAUAUUAUUUCUUUGCACUAUAUUGGGUUGAAUUUAUUUUUGAAUAGUCACUUCAAUUUUCAAAGGAAAAAGCUACAAUGGAAACUGGGUCAAGCUCAGAAAUUGUAGAUAAGGGGAAGGUUAUGAGGGGUGUCAAUAGCAAAGGCAAGAAGCAGUAUUCUAAUGGUAUCAAAAUUGAGCCUUUUGUACCAAGAAGUAAGCAUCACAAUCCUAAAGAGUUGAGAACUUGGGCAAAGAAAACUGGGUUUGUGUCUGAUUACUCUGGUGAAGCUGGGACUAGUGCAAGUGAGAAGUUUGAUAGUGUUGGUUUUGAUGUAGAGAAGAGUUCUGUUGUUGUUGUUGAUGAUGAUGAUGAUCAAAGAGAAGGAGGGUCUUCUCCUAAGAUAGAGAUUGAUCCGGUUCUCGGGGUUGCGAGGCCCAACAUGGACGAUGAGAUCAAACCGGAUUAUGAUUCGAAGCAUGGAGCUAGAAGGGGUGAGAAAGAUAAGUUUUUGAGGUCAAAUUAUGGUUUGAAUGAGACAAUAGGAAACCAAAAUCAGAGGAAGAAAAAUGGGGUUGAACCUGUUUUGGGCUAUGGUGAUAAGAAAAUUGGACUAAGAAGGAAUGAUGAUACUAAUGGAAUAAUGAAUUUGAUUAGGGAUGGUAAUGGCCAUGCACUGGGAGUUUCUUCUGCAGUUGCUCCUAUGCCAGAAAAAAAGAAGGAAGACGAAAGUGUAACUGAAGGAGAUGUUAAGGUGAAUCUGUAUGCUGAGGAUGAGGAACAUGCUCAUAGAGAGUUUCAAGGACAGUCUCAAAUGAAGUAUGGACUCACAGAAAAUCCGAGUGUUGUACUUCUUAUCUAUUAUGGUCUGCAGCACUACCUAUCAUUGGUUGGCUCAUUAGUGUUAAUCCCAUUAGUCAUGGUCCCAACCAUGGGUGGAACAGAUAAGGAUACUGCUAGUGUAAUUUCUACUAUGUUGUUUCUUUCGGGCGUCGCAACGAUACUGCACUUAUACUUUGGAACUCGACUGCCUUUAGUUCAAGGGAGCUCAUUUGUGUAUUUGGCACCGGCACUAGUUAUCAUCAAUGCUGAAGAGUUUCGAAAUCUUACACACCACAAAUUUAGGCACAUAAUGAGGGAACUCCAAGGAGCUAUAAUUGUUGGUUCAAUAUUCCAAUGUAUUCUGGGGUUUAGUGGUUUAAUGUCUCUUCUUCUAAGGAUAAUCAACCCAAUUGUGGUGGCUCCAACUGUUGCUGCUGUAGGUUUAGCAUUCUUUAGCUAUGGCUUUCCACAAGCUGGCACUUGCAUGGAAAUUAGCAUUCCACAAAUUGUGUUGGUUCUAAUAUUCACUCUGCAUCUUCGAGGAAUAUCUAUCUUUGGACACCACUUGUUUCGAAUUUAUGCUGUUCCUUUAAGUGUUACAAUAAUUUGGAUAUAUGCAUCAUUUUUAACAGCUGGGGGAGCAUAUAAGUACAAAGGAUGUGAUCCAAACAUCCCUAGUUCAAACAUUCUGAUUGAUUCAUGCAAAAAUCAUGCUUAUACAAUGAAGCAUUGCAGGACUGAUGUAUCAACUGCAUUGUCAACUUCUGCAUGGCUCAGAGUUCCUUACCCUUUACAAUGGGGUUUCCCUAUUUUCCAUUUUAGGACUUGCAUAAUCAUGGUCAUAGUGUCCCUGGUUGCCUCUGUUGAUUCUAUUGGAACUUAUCACAGUGCAUCUCUGAGAAUUAAUUUGAGGCCUCCAAUCCCAGGAGUUGUGAGCCGCGGAAUUGCAUUGGAGGGUUUAUGUAGUAUAUUAGCAGGUCUUUGGGGUUCAGGAACUGGAUCAACUACCUUGAUAGAAAAUGUUCACACAAUUGACAUAACAAAGGUUGCAAGUAGGAGGGUAGUGGAACUUGGAGCAGCCUUCAUGAUCCUCUUCUCAUUUAUGGGAAAAGUGGGUGCUCUUCUGGCUUCUAUUCCACAGGCCUUGGCUGCAUCUGUACUAUGUUUCAUGUGGGCUCUUAUAACAGCAUUAGGACUCUCAACAUUACAGUAUGGUCAAUCAGGAAGUUUUAGGAACAUAACAAUAGUUGGUCUUUCAUUGUUCCUUGGUCUAUCCAUCCCUUCCUAUUUUCAACAAUACCAGCCUCAAUCCACUUUGAUAUUGCCUUCUUAUCUAGUUCCUUAUGCAGCUGCUUCUAGUGGACCAUUCCAUUCAGGCAUUAAACAACUUGAUUUUGCAAUCAAUGGCCUUAUGUCCUUAAACAUGGUGGUUACAUUGUUGGUGGCAUUCAUACUGGACAAAACUGUCCCAGGAAGUUCACAAGAAAGAGGGGUGUAUUUAUGGAUGCAACCUCAAGACAUUGCAAAUGAUCCUUCAUUGGCAUCUCAAUAUUCUCUGCCAAGGAAAGUUGCUAGAUGUUUUUGUUGGGCAAAAUGGUUAGGAGUUUGAUUACAAAGUUAUCUAUUGAGUUACUCUAUCCAGGCACUAAUGGUAACAUUCUCUACUGAAUUAUCUAUAUAGCAUCGGCGCUACAAAUUGAAGGUGUGUCUAAUGUCUGACAUAUGGUAGUGUCAGAUACUAAUACAGCAUCGACGCAUUUGAUUAAAUUUUUCAUAAAGUAUUAUCGGUGUGUAUUAGUGUCGUGUCCGAUGUUUGUGUUAGUGUGCAUAGAAGAUAUAGCAGCUUAUGAAGAAUAUAUAAAUGGAUUGAAUUACAGAUUACCAAAUAGGAAAUAGUACAGCACUGAUUAUGCUUGUGAAAUUACAAAAUGUUCUCACAUAUAGGUAAAUUUGUGAACUGAAAAGGAAAAAGUGAACAAACUAUUGUACUUAUACAUAAUUCUUUUAAUCUAAUGAUAAUUCAUUUUUGCA